AUGAAUCACUCGGGUGGUGGUUCUAGCAAGGACCACGACACGAAGAAGAGUAAGAAAAAUAUAGAUCAAGGCAAACAAGAAGAAGGUCAACAAGGUGAACACUCUCGAGAGCAAGAUCCAGACGAAGACAGCGUUAUCACGUUCCUCGCUCCAUAUGCAGCCACAAGCGGUAGUAUUCGUGCCUGUGUGGAGGUUGCGAAGGAAGGUCGAGUUGCGGCUGAAAAUGCUCUUGCCAUCUAUCAAUGGACGCUGCUCUACGGAAUCGCGUUCAACGUCACGAGAGACGUGCUACGAGUAAACUAUUCCUGGUUGAAUUCUGCCAUGGGGACAUCCUUGGAUUUGAUUGCCGUUCCAUUAGCGGUCUAUUUGCUGUCGAAUGGGAGACCGCCAUCAAAUGAUCAAACGAGUACUAAAAUAGAGAUGAACAUGAAUGGUAGUUUUGUUGAAAGAACUACAUCAAUGACUUUGACGAGCACGAGUGCCGCCCGUGGCUUCAAGAUCGGAAAGGAGGUUCUUGGAAGAUCGGAAAUGGUGCCUCUCCUAGUUGACGACGAGGACGAUCUUGAAUGCAAUCCACGGGAGAUUCGCAGAGCCAAAGAAGAGACAGCUCUCGAGAAACGACGUCUUCAAAAGGAACAGCAGCAACGUGAGAUGAAUCAGAGAGAGCUCUUUCCGGAUGUGCCGAAUUUGUCGCCUCUGGCUCCUAUCCGCGUGUGGCUCCUAGGAGUGAUUACUCCGCUGCUGAUGCUCGGCUUUUUGCUCCCUGUGGGUUUCUUGCAAUUGGCUUCUACAGUUAAGACUCCAUGAUUUAUUUGAUUAUAGGGAAAAUUCAUUUUCUUUUCCAACGGCCUUUUUCAUUUUCUUCGGUUUCCUUAUACAGGCAAUUCAUUUCCUUUUCCUGUAUCUCCAAGUUUAUUUGUGAGGCACUUAUCUCACGCUUACACGUCAUUUUCGUUCCCAGCGGUCAUUUUCUUCGGUUUCCUGCUUCCUGGAGGUCUGAAGCAAUAGACUUUUGAAGAAAACCCUUUUCUUCAGUUUCCUUCUUAGGAUUCUGAAGAAAUAGACUGCUCGCUCCUCUGAAGAAAUGAAUUUAAGUAUAUGAACAAUUGCCAGUAGUUUUGCGCUCUAAUACGGUUCCGGAAAUUGGUGCCAAAGAGUGGCUCAGCAUCCCAAACAACGCUAAAGGGUAUCUUUGCGAAGGCAAUGCUACGUCCACCGAACAAUCGUCCUCCUCCAUUCUCAGUGGCCUUUUUACAACGACUGCCUUUGGCCUGUUGGGCUUUUCUUUGCUGUAUCUGAACUCGGGGAGCAAAUAUCGUGCUGGUGUCCUCGAGUCGCUGCUUCGGCGGAAGGACGUGUACUUGAUUUUGCUUUUGUUAAGGUCUUGUUCCCCUAAAGUAGCUACUCCAUCAUCUUGUUGAGCAGGGACAUCUUGUUUUUUACAGGGGUUUUCUUCAAGAGGAAUAGUUGAAAGGCCUCGACGGUGUCCGUAUGACACAUAAAAGAGGAUCCAUGACAUGACAAGGAAAACAAGGGGUCAAGGAUUAAUCUCAAGAUACUCAAGAUCGAUUGGGAACUCUUCUAAUUUUGUUUUUCUUACCUGGCCUCCUCCUUCCGCUUCUGA